AGUCCACAAAAUACAACAUUACUAAAUUAUUUGCCUUGCCUAUAAAUAGCAAUAACGCCCUUUAUCCUCAACACAAUCUUAUCUCAUUUUCUUGAAAAAAAUAAAACAUGAUCCCAUACGUACCAAAAUCAGUUGUCCUAAACCACUUAACUUUACUAAUAGCUCAACUGAAGUGGAUGUGGGAUUAUCUUCUUUACACCCCAUUCUUACAUCAUCGUAUUUCUCCGGUCACGCUUAUUGGCCGGUCUCCGGUGGGAUUUUCCGACGAGCUCCGGGUCACACGCUUCGAGGAUUCCGAUGAUCCGACGGACUGCACCGUUUGUCUGUGCAGAAUCGGCGGUGGAGAUGAAAUUAGAGAGUUGAGAUGCGGCCAUUUAUUUCACCGGGCAUGUUUGGACAGGUGGAUUGGGAGCGGGCAUGCCACGUGUCCGUUGUGUCGGAAUCGUUUGAUGGCGGCGGCGGCGGAGCUCCACCGGGAGGUGAUCUUGCUCAGCUUCUCCGGCUGCGGCGGCGGUGGCAGAGACCGGUGCCGGUGGUGGCUGAGAUGAAGUGUGGCAGGCAGUGGUGUUUUGUACAACUUUUUUAUUCAUUUCUAUUUUUUAUCUUUUAUUAUUGUUACCCAAUCAAGACCGUUAUUUUGUUACGAUAUUGAAUGAACAAAGAUUUAUUAUUAUUACUAUCAUUCA